CGCGGAACCAAUUAUCUUCUGUCCGGUCCUGUCAAGAUUUUUGGCUACAGCAUAUAAUUCCAGCCAGCCUCUCGUGAAGCUUUCAGACUACAGUGCCAACCAGGGUAUAACUUGCUUAUCACGUUUUUUCUUUCACCUCAAUCGAGAGACAUAUAUCGAAGAUGAAAGUUGGCGUCGUGAACGCAGGCAAUAUUGGAUUACGUCUGGCUUUUGCUUGGGUUCGCCUUGGCCAUGAUGUCAUGCUCAGCAAGGACACACAUCCGGAACGGCUUCGAGCGCGCGUGAGGGAAUUAGCCUCAGAGAUGGGCAUUGGAGAGAAUGAGAUAGCCCAGUUUCGCUACGGCUCAAUGACGGACGCUGCGAAAUUCGGCGACGUUGUCAUUCUGUCGGCAUACUUCCCACGCUUGGCUCACAUUCUCAAAGAGCUCCAGCACGACGGCAUUACGCUUUCGGGUAAACUGGUGAUUGAUACAAUGAAUCCGUUAAAUGUGGAUGCCAAUUUCAAUCAUUACCACGACCUCAAGUACAUGGAAAGAACCUCCAUCACGCAAGAGAUCCAGCGAGCCUUUCCAAAGGCAAUACUUUUCAAAGCCUUCAAUUCUAUCCCUGCUUCACUCCUGGAAGUCCGGAAGUGGGCGUCUGGCCGUGUGCCACCUAUAAUCUUCAUGGGUGGAAACGCAUCUUCUAUCGGGACAGUUCGAAGGAUUAUCGAAGAGACUGGAUUCAAGCCACAGUUUGCAGGCUAUGAUUUGAAUCAUUCAGGAUUGUUGCAUCUGUUGGCGGAGAAUGAAUAUGAGGGUAACGUGAAUGUCGUGUUCGAUGUUAUGAAAGGAACGGCCUGAGAGCCCCUUUGGUCAUGGGGGUAUUGUGUGGAAUUAGUCCUCUUCCUUUGUUGAUUGUUGUCGUCCCCACUCCUGUGGUCCAUGUGAGCACCUGUGUUGUUGAAGAUACAUGUAAAUCCAGGAAUUAGGCUUCGUUCACGAGUGGAACACGCUGAAUCGGCUAUUUUCAAGUCUGGGAAGCCAUGAAGUUUGCCUUUCGCAUACUGUUACAUUGCCUUGAUGCUAUGGAUAUUGUUGCCCUUUAGUGCUGGCAUAUGCUUA